GAUCCAUCAUCACUCCUUUCGUUCAUUUUCCUUCAAUUUUCCCGUUGACUUCCAAUUCCACGAUUUGGGUUUUGAUCUGUAGUUAGGUUUUUCUUCACAUCUUUGAUCUUCCUUCCCUCUAGGGUUCUUAGUGGACCUUUUCUUCGUCGUCCCAGAUCCUCAAUUCACCGCGUAAUUUCUUUCCACUUCCCACUUCCCAGUUCCCACCGCCUCGGUUUUCCAUUAUCUUCCGUUUUCUUCGCGUUUACUCGUUUCUUGACAGUGUUCGAGACGUCGGAUUUCUCUGUUUGGUGGGGAGGCUAUUAAUUCGGACUAGGGACAGGGAGCACUUCGUUUCUCAGAAUGCCUACGCAGCUGAUUGCUUCUGGGAUUUUUAAAUUUCGGAGGAUCAAGUCAAGGGUAUGAUAUUUUUUGCUUCCUUCUUCACCUUUAUGCUUAAAUUUGUCUUGCUGUUGGGUUCACCCUGAAUUUUGAAGCUCUGCUGAGAUUGGAUUUAGAAAGGAAUAAAGGUUUCUGGUUUUGCYCUUAAAUCUGUGCUACUGAAUUGGUGGGACUUCAAAGAGAAGUGGAUUUUGGUUUGGUUGGUGUUUUUUCUAGAUUGUUUUUGGGAUACGUUGUUGUGGAGAUGGAUAGUUCUAGGAACCGGCAGAAUGAGAAUUUGGGUGUGAACAAAAUGGGGAAGAAUAUUAGGAAGAGUCCUAUACACCAGCCAAAUUUUGGUAGCAAUAAUGCUGCUAGGCCACAACCUCAACCUCAAAUUUACAACAUAAGUAAGAACGAUUUUCGCAACAUUGUUCAGCAGCUUACAGGCUCACCUUCUCAGGAUCCUCAGCCUCCUAGACCUCCACAAAAUCCUCCAAAACCCCAAAGUAUGCGGUUGCAUAGAAUUAGACCUCCCCCGUUGACACCGAUCAAUCGACCGAAUGUUCCCGCUCCUAUCCCUGGCCCUGUUCCUGUGGCUCCUCCGCAGGGUAUAGUCAAUAGUAAUAUGCCUAGGCCUGCACAAUUUUCUCAGCCACCUCCAAGACAAUUUCCACCAUUGGCACAGGGAGGAGACUCACAUUGGCCGAACCCAGCUGAGUCUCCUAUUUCAGCCUACAUGCGUUACCUUCAAAACUCAAUGUUGAAUCCAUCUCCAGUAGCAAACCCGGCUCUACUUGCACCACAACCGCAGAUUCCCGCUCAAAUGCACCCUCAAGCACCUCCAUCUGGUUUAUUGCCCAACCCCAAUCCACCUGUUCCUGCUCUUCCACCCCCAAGAAUAAAUGGUCCUCCACCCGCUGUCCCGAACUUGCCUUCGCCGCAUUGGAACGGUCCCGCCCUUUUACCCUCCCCAACUUCCCAGUUUCUCUUGCCUUCUCCCACUGGUUACUACAAUUUGUUGUCCCCCAAAUCACCGUAUCCUUUACUCUCACCCGGGAUACAGUUCUCUCCGCCGCUGACUCCUAAUUUUGGAUUUCCAUCCAUGCCCCAAUCAGGGAUUUUAGGUCCAGGGCCUCAUCCGCCACCUUCCCCAGGGGUAUUGUUUCCAUUAUCUCCUUCAGGGAUUUUUCCCAUUUCAAGUCCAAGAUGGAGAGAUCAAUAGCCCUCCCUCAGAGAGUUUUCGUGUUUAAGAGCUCGAUGCUCCUUAUGCUGACAUUUUCAUCUACUUGUGAAGAUGGUUACUAAACUCAUGGUGUAAGCUAGCCUGCCCUUUUGCUGUUUUAUAGCUUUCUAUUAGUUUGAUUUUUUUUAACACUUCAAUUUGUAAAAUCUUUUUGCUUCUCAUUUUCGGUCUGGGAAAUCUAAUUCUGUAACUUCUGUAAUGUUCCCCACCACUAUAUGUAACAAGACGAACAGAUAUGUAGCCUGUAACCUUAGACAUAGGAUGAUAGAUGUCAAGUUGGUAGCUUGUUCAGAUUGGUCGGUCGGUCGGUCUAGUUGGAUAAUAGUCCAAUUCUGUAAGAUGAUGGAAUAAUAUUAUUUGGUAUCCAAGUCCUUUUGGUUGGUUUAUAGAAGGAAAUGUAGUAGUGGACUUUUUUUUUU